GGCUACUGUGGAGAAAAGUCCAUCAGUCUUCCGUUUGUUUUUUAAUUUCGCCUUCAUCACACGGGAGCCCUUCCAGUCUUUCAGCCUGCGUGAGUCAGACUGUGCCAGCGUGGUAUUGGCGGGUUUGGAACCGCUGUGCUCUUCUAUAUAUUAAAAAAAGAGAACGCCACCGGCUACCUUCCUUUCUUUAAACCCGGACCGUGACAUCAUCGCCUCUCGUGUUUCACUGUGUCCCUACUACAGGGCGCACGCGGCAGUCAGCAGUCCACACUGAGCCGUGUGUGAGAGCAGAGCAGCCGCGGACGGGGAAAGCGCACUCCACGACGCACGCUUGUUCUUCACUGACAAACUGUUCACGUCGUUUUUUGCGACGUUCACAUCUGGAUAAGACGGUCGUCGUUGUUGUUGUUGUUGUUUUUUUGUUUUUUUUUACCUGCUCAUUUUCUCGCCUGGUUGACUUCACCGCGAUUUGAAGCCGCCUGGACAUUCAUGGAAGCGUUUCUUUCCACAAUGAACGGAAGGUGACCUGCAAGCAUCCUGUGUCAGGCUUACCCUCGCAAGACAACUGCAUCUUUGUCAUCAACGAACAAUCUGCUUCCAAAGUGCCGGCGAAUGAGAAGAAGGAACGACCAGUAAGCACCAUGAGUGAGGCCUCUAACUACACGGGCGGCUCGGAGCACGCUGCAACCCCCAGUAGCCCCGGAGGAAGGCCCUCAAGACCUUCUAAAAAAAUUCACAACUUUGGGAAACGAUCCAACUCCAUCAGGAGGAAUCCCGGUGCCCCGGUUAUCAAGAGAAACUGGCUGUAUAAACAGGACAGCACAGGGAUGAAGCUAUGGAAGAAGAGGUGGUUUGUCCUUUCUGACCUCUGCCUCUUCUACUACAGAGAUGAAAAAGAGGAGGGGAUUCUCGGCAGUAUCCUCCUGCCAAGCUUUCGUAUAUCCAUGUUGUCUGUGGACGAUCACAUUACCAGAAAAUAUGCCUUCAAGGCGACACAUCCCAACAUGAGGACGUACUACUUUUGCACAGACACAGCCAAAGAGAUGGAAUCUUGGAUGAAAGUGAUGACAGAUGCUGCACUCGUGCAGUCAGAACCAGUCAAAAGGUUGGACAAACUAAAAAUGGAGCAGUGUGGACCUCAAGAGAUCAACCAUGUGGCCAACCAUAGAACAGAAACCGAAAUCCAGAAGAAUGAGCGCAACCGUGAGGUUGACCGUGAGCACGCAGCCGUCUCCCCCACCACAGAAGAAGAGGAGAGAAAGCAGCGAGAUGCAGAGCGCUACGGCUUCCAGAAGGAUGGGGCCGACCGUGAACGUCCACUCACCAAAAUAAACAGUAUCAAACUGCAGCCAGCACAGGCGGCAGCCAUCAAGGCUAAUAUGACCUCGCCGCAGCCUCAGACCGAGGUUGACGGAUCACAACACAGCCCCCAAGUUAAUGGAUCUGGAGAACAGCGUCCAGCUAAUGGGACUGGAGUCCCUCCUCGGCAAAGUUCCCCACAUGAGCCGGAUCGCAGCCUGAGUCGGACCAGCUCGAUGCAGCAGCUGGAGCAGUGGGUUCGCACACAGAGAGGACGUGGCCAGGACGACGAUACCAGAAGCAUCACAUCGUACCAGACGCUGCCUAGAAAUUUGCCAAGCCAUCGGGUACCCUACAUGCCUCAUUAUGGAGAUGGAUAUUGCAGUAUGCCCAGAAAUAGCAUGGCACAGCGGGACAGCAUCUGCAGCAUGUCCCCAUCAGUAUAUGAACAGGCCAUGGGUCCUGCAAUGACUGACAAACGCCGCUCCAUGCGCGAUGACACCAUGUGGCAGUUGUACGAGUGGCAGCAAAGGCAGGCCUACGGCAGGCAGCCAGGGCUGUACAGCAAUAUGGCCAGUCCCAAAACCAUGAUCAACUUGUCAGAGCAUGCUGCACCGAGCCACUCCAUCCCCCCCUCGCCCUCCCAUGGCUCCCUGUCGAUGUACGGCGGCUACUCUCCAAUGAGAUCUUACAACAUGGGCAACACUCGCUCUGAAAUUUCCUCUCCCAUCUACCGAAGAGACAUGACUGUUGAGAGACGGCAGAGGCCACCAGUCAACAAGUAUGCUUACCUGCCUGAUAGGAGGUCUAUGCCAGCAGGGAUCCCAAUCCAGACCAUCACUGCCCAGUCUUUACAAGGCAAAACAAUGAGUCCAGAGGACUACAGGGAACAAGCCUAUACAUGCAUGCCAGAAGAAGUGGACACCGAUACUAAACUUAGCAGGCUGUGUGAGCAGGACAAAAUGGUGAGGAUACAGGAGGACAAACUGCAGCAGCUGUACAGAGAGAAGCACACUCUGGAGACAGCACUUCUGUCAGCUAGCCAGGAGAUAGAGUUGGGCUCCGACAAUCCGGCUGCCAUGCAGAGCGUCAUGCAGCAGAGAGACUUGCUGCAGAGCGGCCUCCUCAGCACUUGCAGAGAGGUGUCCAGAGUUACUGCUGAGGUGGAGCGGUUAUGGAGGGAAUAUGACAGGAUGGAAGGAGAUGUGACUAUGGCUAAGAACAACCUGCUGGAGCAGCUAGAAGCACUGGGAAGCCCUCAGACAGAACCACCCAGCCAGCAGCAUGUCCGCAUCCAGAAGGAGCUGUGGAGGAUUCAAGAUGUGAUGGAGGCCCUGAAUAAACACAAAGCCCAGAGAAAUGCUCUUGAUGGGAUGAGUUUCUAUGGGCCCAAAGCCAACUUCAGUAAGCACAAAAACGAGGGUCCUGACUACAGGCUGUACAAAAGUGAGCCAGAACUCACCACAGUGGCCGAAGUGGAUGAGAACAAUGGAGAAGACAGAUCUGAAUAUCCAUCUGAUAGAGAACAUGUUGGAAACAAAGGUAUGUCUUAUCCAGUUGGUAUCGUCCCACCAAGGACCAAAUCUCCAGUGCCUGAUUCCUCCUCCAUAGCUUCAUAUGUUACAUUAAGAAAGAGCAGGAAGCCUGACCCUAGAACGGAGCGUCCACGCAGUGCAGUGGAGCAGCAGCUGUGUGCUGUGGAGAGCAGCCGACCCAGGAUGAGCGUGGAGGAGCAGCUGGAGAGGAUCCGUCGCCACCAGCAGGGUACCCUCAGGGAGAAGAAAAAAAGCCUCAGCAUCAGGGGUAGCAGCCAGGAGAACACACCCUCUCGUAGCCACUCAUUUACUAAAGAAAACCAUUACCGCAACACGCAGUUUCAAAUGAGGCGCAGAGAUGAGGUGAUAAGCAGUGACAUUCAGGAGCUGGAGGCCUCUCUCAGGCAGCAGGAGGUGGUGGGGGAGCAGGAGACGCCCGCUGAGGAGAUAGCUCGUCUCAAAGAAUCCUCCCAGGCUGAUCACUUUAAUGUCGACCGAGAGCUUUCUGUGCCUGACAAAGUGCUCAUUCCUGAGCGUUACAUUGAAUCGGACCCCGAGGAGGCUCUGAGUCCUGAGCAGGAGGCUGAUAAGCAGAGGAAAGUCGACCGCAUCAAAGCCCUCAUAGCCAAAAACAGCAUGCAGAAUGUGCUGCCUAGUCUGGCUCUAAGCCCUGAGGAGGAGACUGAAGAGGAGGUUACUGUACAGGAAAAGGAGAAGAUGAUUAAUAUCUCCUACGAGCUGGCAGCCGAGGCCUCCAAACGCAGCAAGCUGGUAGCAGUGAAAAGCCUGUCGUCCUCUUCCCCACCCCAUCCGCAGUCUCCCACCACCGCACCCCCCCAGCUCACUGACGGUUCUCACUUCAUCCCAGGCUCUGGCCUCAGUGAAAACCUACACAUGAAGGAAACAGCUGGGGAGGCCUGAAGCGGCUCCUGAGGACUUCCCUAAAGAGUUCAGCACAAGGCCUUUGGCUACAGAGUGAAACUGCCUACUUCAUACUCACGGGUCUCAACCUCUGACUUCUGUAUUGCUCACUGUGACGUCUUAAGCUCCUCCCUCUUUGGGGGGCAACACUCUCCUCAACCUGGCAAGACAGCACAUGGAUUCAUACCGUUUUACUGCUGCAGUUUCAGUUUUUACAAGGCUUUUAUAAUCAUUUUUAUUAUUUAUAUGGUUUUAUUAGGUUUUUGUGUUCGAAUGUGGGCCAAAGUCUAUCUGUAUAUACAGGAGGCUAAUAGACUGAGCUCUGUUCUGAGACUGAUAGCCUGUGGCAGAGUAUGUUGGUCUGUUAUACAUUUUCAUUCAUGUUUCAUCACCUGUUCGAAAAAGUUUCAGAAGCAAGUUUCACAUUUUCUCUGCAUUUAAUUAAGCCUUUAAUAAUUCACUUAAUUUUUUUCCCCCCACACAUUCGACAUCAACUAACCAGGCAUAUUUAUCCAUUUAUUGUAAAGAACAUGUGUCUAUGCUAAAGAUGAGUAGAUAAAAGAUAUAGAUCCCUCCAUUAUUAUAUAAGGAGGAACCAUUUUAUUGCUGCAGACUAAGAGUAUUUGUAAUUUCUCAUACUUCUGAGCUCUAAUUAUUUAAAGAUGGGAUCUGAAGUCCCUGGCACUUUGUUGCCAAUGCAUAUGUGAAUGUUCUGACUUGAGUCAAUCUAUACUGUCCUUUUUUUUAAUUGCUGAGAGAUAUAUUUAAACUGAGAGAUGGAAAAAAUAGAUCUUGAUUAUAUUUUAUGACAAAAAAUCGAGAACAUUUAUGACAUGUUGGUUUGGAGCCCUGGAACUAAAAGAAAACAGGAUAAGUAUGUGUAAAAAGCAAUAGAAAUAACCCCUUUCUGAAUCUGAGAUAAUUUUUUUGUGUGUACAAAGUGUAAUUAUCAGAGAUUUACUGUGUAUAUAAUGUACAUGGUAUAUCUGGAUGGGAGGAUAUGUUCAACAUACAGUUACAUACUAGAUUUAAUUUGCAAAUGUUCAUAUCCCAUCUGUUUUAUAUCAUGUUAAAUAAAUGUUGCUGUUCCUAAUGA